GGGUUAGAGACAUGGAGUGCGGCACUAUCAUUCUACUUCUGUUAGUAUUUCAUACGAUGUAUGGGCAAGGUCUCGCAGAUGGUGGCUUAACCACUCCUACUGAUUCUCUCGCAGAUGGUGGCUAUUCCACUCCUGAUUCUCUCGCAGACUAUUCCACUCCUUCUGAUACGCAGUAUGAAUUUGCUGGUCGUCAAACAGAGAGCACUCUUGGAUGUGGGCAAGAACUCGGAGGACCGCAGCCAGAAUUUAGCUUUACACAACCAACCGAAAUUGAAAAUAUGUCGCAGCAAAAGGAAAUAUGUGAUGUGACGACGGAGGAAGCCGGACUGGGUUCCACAGCGCCGGGAGAAAUAUAUUACUACAUGACAUUGAGCGUUCCGGGUCCCAUAGAGAAAGCAUACUAG